CACUUGGUGCGCCGUUGCUGCCACCGCCGCCGCCGGCUGAACCGGCGACCCCACGAGCAGAGAGAGGCAUUUGGGCCGCGGGUCACCACCUGGGCUGAGCAGGGCAAUCGGCGGGGAGACAGCCAGGGAGGAGACCCCGUGGAGGAAGAGGAGAGGAGGGGGAAGGAGGGUGGAGGAGUGCAGGCAGCGAGCAGGAGAGAGAGAGAGCCGUGGACAGCAGGGAUGGCGGGGCAAUUAAUGAUUGGCGUUGCCGGGCUGAGCUGCGUGUAAAAGUGGUGGUGGUGGUGGUGAUGGUGGGGGGGCUUAUGUAACGCAGAGGCAGCAGCGAGGAGGGGAUUAGUAGGUGAGUAAGGUGGGUGGGUGGUUUGUGGUGAGGUGACGGUGGGCUGGUUUAUUGCUGCACAAUUACUACGAUGGUGAUUUUGACGACGAUGGUGACAGCGCCGACUGAGAGGAGGAGGAGCAGCAGAAGAAGAAGCAGCGACGCAUCGGCGCCGCUGGUGUCGCGUCGUGGCCACCAACAGCACCACGACGACGCUUGACUUGCCAUUGCCAGGUGUUUGGGUUGGUGGUGUCUGCGUGCAGGCUGGGCUCCUCCUCUGAAAUCGACAGCCGCCGUGGUUGGGGUGGGUGAGCGCCCACGAUAGCGGUGUUGGUCAACCACAACAACAGUUUCAAUCGCCACAACAAUUGCAGCAGCACAAACACGAGCCACGGCAGAAGGAAGCCUCAAGCGCAGCAGUAGAGCAAGACUGAUUUUUUUUUUGUCCAGCUGGUGGUCAAGGCUUGGAUGUGUUGAUUUCAUUUACAAGAAGGAAUUCGCGCCUGUGCAGAGUUCUUGUAUUCGGUGUCGCACACAACUGGGAACGUUGUCUCGGCGCCAUCGUCUCUAAGCCACGACGAACCUCACGCCUCCGGCACUGCUGCCGCUGCAACCGCACCUUGCCCCGACCAGUUUCGUGAAUCCAUGCGAAAAACAAGUGUUUGAGGUCUCAUACAAAUCAUCUUGGACAUAGCGCAGCUCCACUGUGUCUUGUAACGAUGGAAGGCCUCUUUGCAUGCUCAAGAUUCUAUUUCUGGAUGUGUAGAAAUGUGUCACAUUUAAGCACAGUGUGAAGCAGGGUGUCUGCAAAUAAUACAUUCUGAAAAACUGUCAGGAUAUCAUUUUUUUAAUUUGACAAUGACUCCGUUGGAGGUUGUGCACCAAGGGAUCAAUGCAAAUGAACCGAGUACAGUUUGAGAAAUUGGGAAAAUCAAUUGAGACAGACAUGGAGAGGCCGUUUACCGGCAACAAACUAGAAAAACCUGAAUUGCACCUGGCAGACACCAAUGACAUCCCGAUAAUCCACAAGGCCAGAAUUAGUGCUGCCAAAUCUGAGCAAGGGGCCACAGUGGUUGCGGCUGGAGUGGAACAGAGAAGCCUGACGAAUGCUGCUCGGACUCCGCACAGAGAGCAGCCGCCGGGUGCCAUGGUGCAGUCUAAGUCUGCGCAGAACUCGCUGAGCGACAAUACCACAUCCAGUGACCCGACCAUCGCGGAGUUCAGCAUGCAACCCAGCAGGGUGGAGGCAGCCACGACGGUGGCGGCGCGGGAGCAGCAGGAGAUGGAGAUGCCGAGCAUCGUGAUUGAGCUGGACACCACCGGCACGGAGGAGGGCGAAUUAUCAGCGGCAGCGCUGGGCUGCGUCAGCGACGGUGCAGAAGUUGUGGCCACGGCGGGAGCUGAGAGGCUUGGAAUAGCUCACGAGCACAACGGGCCACGUGGUGACGCACCCAGCAUCGUCUUCGUCCAUGGCGACGUGCCCGGCUUCGCGAAGGGACGAGCCGGGGCAGGCAGUGGGGAGCGGGAGCAUGGGUUGGAGCAGCCUCCCGGACUGUCUGUUCUGCUGGUGCACGAUAGCCGGGGCGAAGAUGACAGGGAGGCAACCCGAGCGGAGCCGGAUCCUGCGACCGACCAGCAGAGACGACCACAAAACCAAGGAGCAACGCGGAAAAGAACCAAGUCGAAUGCCAAGAUGAAGUUGGUGCGAAGCCUGGCUGUGUGCGAUGAUCCUUCCCCGCCUCCGGCUUCAGAUGCUGGUGUUCAGGACAACCAGGAACCCCACGCUGGGGGCAGAGAGGAGGAAAGUGUUUUGCGCGACAAGGACAGGGGCAGCGAGAGGGCGACUGCUGAGCGACAAGAGAAGAUGCCCAAGGUGCCCAGGAUCUUGUCGCGGGAUUCCAGUCAGGAGUACACGGACUCCACGGGUGUUGAUGUGCACGAGUUUCUUGUAAACACUCUAAAAAAUAAUCCCAGAGACCGCAUGAUGUUGCUGAAGAUGGAGCAGGAGCUGAUGGAGUUUGUCCAGGACAACAAGCAGCACUACAGGAAGUUCCCACCAAUGACGUCGUACCACCGGAUGCUCGUGCACCGCGUGGCCGCCUACUUUGGCAUGGACCACAACGUGGACCAGACGGGCAAGGCCGUGGUGGUGAACAAGACGCCCGGCACUCGCAUCCCAGAGCAGAGGUUCUCAGUCCAUCUGAAAGAUGAGGCGAGGGCUGAGGAGUCACAGAAGCGCUUCAUCCUCAAGAGGGAUAACUCUAGCAUGGACAGGGAUGACAUGCAGCGCAUCCGUCCGCUGCAAGACGAGCGGCGGAGUAAGUCGUUUGAGGAACGCGAGGAGGAAUACCAGCGAGUGCGCGACAGGAUAUUUGCACAAGACUCCUUAUCUUCUCAAGAACUUCCUCAAAUCGAGAUCAGAAUCCAGGAAGAUGGCUGUUCCUCAAAUAAUACUCUCAAACGACGGCAGAUAUUUAGUAGGGGCAAGAAGGACAGCGGGCGUCUGACGAAUGGCAGCGGGCAAGGGGGCAGCGGCGAGUCGGAGCUGAGGCCCGCCGAGCCGCGGCCGUGGAGCAGCACCGACCUGGAGAGCUCCGGCUUCCGACUGGCACGACCGGCCAUCACAAAGGCCAGCAGCUUUGGUGGCAUCUCCGUUCUGGCGCGUGGGGACAGCUGUUCCGGAGGGGGCAAGAGCAACGCUGGAAGGCUCAGCAAGACGGGCUCAGAGACGUCCAGCAGUGGAGGUUCCCUUUCCGGCUCCCAGGCCCGGCCGCCGCACCCCUCCUCCUCGGGCGGACCACAGGGCCCACACAGCAGCGGCGGCACCGGUGGUGGCGGUUCCCUGGGGGCCCCAGUUGGCGCCCCAGGAGGGCCCAACUAUUACCUGCUGUCGCUAGACAACGCGGGCAUCCCACCGGGUAGCGUGCUCAUCAACCCACAAACAGGGCAGCCACUGCUGAACACGGACGGUACACUGGCCGUGUACAACCCGCCGAACGGGGGGCAGCAACACCAGCACCAGCAGCCAAUGGGCAACCACUUGGGGGGUCCGCCGCCUUCCCACCAGCCAAUGGGAGGCCACAUGGUGGCCCCACCUAACCAGCAGCCACCACAGCAGCAGGCCCACAGCUCAGGUGGCAUGAUGACACAGCCUGGCCAGUACUCGGUGGUCUCCUACCCUCCUCCUGCCGCUGCUCCUACCCACCUGCCGACCUCUCCUCAGUCCCUCAUGCCCGUCCUGUCUGCCCAGCAGUCCUACCCUGUGCCCGAGGAACUGGGGCCUCACUUCAGCCAGCUGAGCCUGGGUCAGCCCACGGCAGGCGAUGCCUCCGAACCGUCGCACGCCCACGUCUACCACGCCAUUGUGCCCCAGAACUCGGCUCAACCGCCCACGUACCUGGGGCAGCACCUGCAGCCCGGCGGCUUCCCGCCUCCUUCGGCUGCAGCUAACAGUGCCACGCAGCAGCAUCAGCAACAGCAGCAGCAGCAGCAGGCGUAUGGGCAAUCACAGCCGCAUGGCCAGAUGCCCAUUUACUUCUGCCCACCGGCGCAGUACCAGCCAUCUAGCCAGCAAUACCGGGCAGUCGCCCCAGUUCAAUACGGCACUCCUCGUGGUCAACAGCCUGGGUAUCAGCCUGUUGGCCCAAGCUAUGGACCCAUUCAGCCACCCCACUCCCAGGGGCUGAUGGGAGGGCAGCAAGGCACAGUGGGAAGUCCGGCCCAGGGGCCGAUGGGAAAUACCAUGCAGGGCGUGAUGGUGCAGUACACGCCGAUGACUUCGUAUCACAUGUCCCAGAGUGGUCCCCAGGCGCCGCCACCACCCGCGCCGCCCCCCCAGCAGUCGUACCAGCCGCCCGUGCUCAUGGGGGGUGGGCAGCAACUGUACUGCAACGUGGGGCCCCCACCGCCUCCGCCGCCACCUCCGAACAGCAUGAGUGGCUCUGGGGUGAGUUACCUGCACCCGCCCAGCAUGGAACAGCUUCAGUUCCGCACGCCCUCCCCCGCCGGUUCACAGCCCACACAGGGUCAGCACUACGCCACUGGCCUGUCCCCCAGCGGCCACGGUGUGUUCGUGAUGCAGCUGAGCCUGCCCAGCAGCCCUCAUCCCCCGCGCACCGCCGCGUCGCCCACACGCUGGGGCCAGCGCCGAGGCCUCAGCCUCGACCAGCGGCUGCCCAGGACCUCGGAACACGGCGGCACAGAAGGCAUCAACCAGGUCAGUCCCCGGCUCUCCAGUCCCAUGGCUUCCCCGGUGCAGUCUCCCAACUCGAGUCCCAUGGCCGCUCUGGGCUCCAUCCGUCCAGGACUUCUACCUCUGCCCCUCGUGCAGUCUCGUCCCAUCGCUCCCAAUCAGGGGGAUGGCAGGUACCCACUGGCAGGCCCUGCAGUGCAGUACGGCCCACAGACGUGCGGCUUGCAGCCUCCACACCCGCAUAUGGCGGUCUCCUUACAACAGGUGAAAACCGGAGGGCGAGGAAAGAGACAUCCUCGCAAAGCGCUGUCCGAGGACACCAGCUCGGUCGAGCAAGGUGCAGUAUCGGACAUGUGCAGUCCCGGGGACCGGGGCUACCCUCGGCCGGACCUAAUUCCUCCUGCGAGUGCCACGCUGGAGGUGCUGGAUCUGCCCCACGGCAUCUCCCGCGUGGAGGCGGACGCUCUCCUGGGCAAGCUGGCGGCGGCGGGUGGCGAGAUCCACUGGCUGCAAGACGCCAGAAUGGAGCAGGGUCAGGCCGCUGCGGCCUCCUCCUUGGCAGGCUGCAGCGCAGGCAGGUACAACGCCAAGCUCGGCUCCACUGUAGACACUGAGAAGCACACCCCGGGAUCUAAUGGGGAGCAGAAGUCGCACUGGGAUGUGCGACGAGAGAUACCGGUGGUGGCGACAUCACGGAUCGAUGUGGCCUCCGGACCCAAAGCCCACUUGGAGGUGAGCUGCCCAUCGGACGGUGGUCACGCGGAAGCGAAAACACAACUCAGGGACUUCAGCCCCACCGUGGGUACAAACCCCCGAGGACUCCCAGAGUGCGACGGCGGCAGUGGCGCCGCCUUCCCCAACCCAGCCUCGGAGCGUGGCAAUGGUUCAUCAGCGCUGCGGCAAGACUUGGCCUCCCACUACAAGGUGGUGGCGGUGUUCCCCACCCGGCAGCUGGCACAGUCUGCCCUGGCCAAGCUCGGGCAUGGCACCGGCAGCGGGUUCCGCCUGAGACCUAUUCGACGCCGGUAUGAGGCGCACACGCUGGAGAGGGCGAGCUCUCACUAGCGGAGGAGAGGAGGGGAGGUGGGGUUUGGGUUGAAGGUCGUGUGGAAGAGGGGAAGGGAGAAUCUGGUGAAAUGGGUGCAGUUAAAGAAAAUUCAAUGGCCCAGACUUGGGCCUUGCUCAUAUAAUUGCACCGGGGCGCACACCGAGAAACACCAACACACUUGCGCUGUCAAGUGUGACUUGGGUAGAUUACCUUCUCUCUUUGAGGGUUCAUCCAUUAAAAAAGAUCGUCUGGAAAUAAAGAAACAAUCUUUGUCUCCUGGAUAUGUAUAAUCUUGAAGUGACAAAGCUCGCUUAUUUAUUUUUGUCUGAUAGAAGCUGACUGUCUAUGUUUUUGUAGCAAAAGCACAUGCAUAUAAAAAAAAAAUUUGACAGAUUUCAUCUAGUAUUGUUGUUAUGGACAAAUUGGGUUUCAGAAACGGUCUGCAUUCCUCCAGCGAGCUAGAUUUUUUUUUGUCACGAAGAUUAUUCUCUGGAGAUUUUCUACCGACGCAGCCACAUUGCCGCUCUCCAAUCAUAGCUGGGCAAAAUCACAUUGAAGGUGCUUUGGCACGAUAAAUAUUUGAAGCUAUACACAAUGUGUGCAUAAAAGUCAACGUUAUUCUUUUUAACGCGUUGGGCUGAGAAUUUUUCCAUUUCCACACACACAAGCUCGUUUCCACAUUCAAUAGAGCACAGAGCAGUCGGUGAUAAAGCCCCCGUGUGGUAAUACCCAUAUCUGCCUUCAUCCUCCUGCCUUGGCUUUCUGGCUAAUCAGAUCAUUUCCCUUGGCAACUUUAAGAUGCAUUGCUUCUAGGCUACAAAUGAGCCAUCCUCAAGGCCGUCACUAGUUAUAUUGCUCUUUUUAUUCUCUCUUUCACCUCGCAAAGAUUUAGCCGUAAACAUUUGAUACAAGCACCUGUUGUGACAAGCUAAUUUUGCCUGCCCCCCUCAAAGUUUUUAUUUAAAACUACCCAUCCACUGCCAACGAACGCGCACACUUUCUCCCGCAAUACCUGCAAACGUGAAGGUUUAAAUAUUUGAAUAAAUCUCGCUGACGCCGCAUACACGCUACACCCAUCCCCCGGAAUGGAGGACGAGGGCUGGGGCGCUCUGCUAUUCAGCCGCACCUGAUUUAGCUGCUGCCGCUGCAUCUCGUGCGCCAGCAGUUUCCCUCAUUAGUCGGGAUUUCCUGGAACGUGUGCGUUGGACUGUGACUGCCGUGUCACAACAGCAGCAAGCGGUAACGGAGCGAGGUGUCUCCCGGCCGUGCGCCGCGGUUUACUCCGCACGUGCCAUCUGAUUUGCGUCCAACUCAUGAGCAUGCAGUGUGCGUCAACUCAGCCUUGCUUGGGUUGCACAUGGCACAGUCUUCUCAAAUUCACAAACUCACGUUUCUCUGCUGCUACCUUUCGUCACGCACGUGGAGGAGCUGUUUAGGUCCAUGCUGCUGCUUUACAAUUAUGAUUUCAUCAUCGUCGGUCAUGAUCAAUCCACUGCUGGGUAACGGCCUCCGUUCUCUUCAUUUGUCCUCCCCAUGCAAAUGACUAAUGACUCCAAAUGAUUAUCAAAUUUGUUUCUUUGAAAUCCAACUGUCACUCCUCUCUGAUAGUAAUUAUAUUCAUCAACCAGUCAUAUCACACUCAAACAACAUUGCUCAAUAUUUCUAAAACACUAUUUUUGUAAUUGUGUAGCAUUGAAAGGUGAUAAUUUCAUAUCGGGAUAAAAUAUAUAUAAAUACAGGUAUCCCUAGAUUUACAAAAGGGACACGUUCUUCCAAAAACACGAAAAACUAAAUUUUGGAAUUUGGAAUGGCUUUUCCCAUUAAUUUCAUUAAAAAAUUUAGGACUGUGUUUCGGACAGUCAUUCAAAUUCUACUCCUCGCCUAAAGAAUACACACAACCUGUAUCACUUUUUACAAUACAAAAAUAAUAAUAACGGCCACGAAUAUUAUUAUUAUUUUUUUAAUAAUUUUAAACAAAAAUAAUUAAAAUUUGCAGGGAACUCGCCAAAAUAUCAGCAUGUUGGAGCGACGGGAAAGGUGAUGUGGAUGCGUUGCUAUUGCACUGUGGGAUGCCGUGACGCUGUCGUGGGUGGGUGACGUAGCCUCCCACGUGGUUCUUAUUUGAACUCAUCGCGUGUGCCAUUUAGAAUUUAGUUCACGCAGAAAUUCGAUUUCGUUAAUUAAAAAGUGUCUGUAAUUUGUCAAUUGUGUUUAAGCGACAUUUCAUAAACCUGUGUUGAUGAAAGUGUUAAGAACACCCAGUGAAGUCACCUAUCAACACAAUAGCUUUCCAUUCCCAGUGCUUUAGUUGUCAUUUGCACCAGAAGUACUGUGCAGCUGGCUCUAAUUUAGAAAUAAAUUGAAGGUUCAAGUGUCCCCAUGCCACCCAUUCACCUUUGAAAUGAUCUGUCAUCCCUUGCUCUAAAUGGGAACACACAAGUUGGUAAGCAUAUUCCUUGACCACUGCUCUGCAGUUGAUGCAUCAGAAUUUUUGUCACCCUCUGUGGCAGAAUUACUUUUGGCACAUACACUAAAACAUCCCUUCAAAUUUCAAAUAUUUCAGAAUUAGAAUCUUUUAUCCUGGAGAAAUAUGCUUACAGCAUGUACAUUAAAGUACUUUAGUACAGCGUAUAAAAGGCAUUUCCAUUAUAAUGCUCCCCAUUCAAGCACAUGACACCGAAAAUCCAACUAAAAAAGUAUUGCAUUUCUCGAAAAUGGUUUAUGGGGGCUAGGGUAUUGAUAAGGUCAAGGCAAGCCACCGUGCCGUGGCGACUCCUGGCAAAUACAGAUAAGACGGGUCUGUGAAAUUAGACCCUUCCAUGGUGCUUCCAUGCUGCCCUUUUGGCUGCAGGUAAAAAAAAACAAUUGACAUAUCCGCGAGGCUCACGGACCUGGCAGGUGUGACCGUCACCUUGCAUAUACCGCGAGUGUCCAAAGCACUCCAGCGCAGUCUUGCAGCGAGCAGCAAAGUGCAAGACAACACACCGGGACAUCAACAUAUACGCUUAUACACCAAUGUACUGUGCACAAUGUUGAAAUGUUUUGACGGUUGACGGGUGAUGUUUAUGCAGUGCUGUUGAUUUUUAAGAAGACAAAAAAAAAAACACGUACAUAAAAUGGUUGACUAGUUGGGAAUUAAUGCUUUACUCUGCAUUUGUGAGUUUUUGUGAGACCCCCCCCGCCUCCCUUCCUUCCCUGUACAGGAAACAAAAAAAAAUGGGACAUCCAGCCCAUUUUGAAUAAACUCCUCGCCAGUGUCAUUACUUGAUUGCUUGGUGUUAUGUUUUAGAGUGAAUUUCCAGUUUUAGAUGAUGUAAUUCUUGGCUGUGUCAUGAACAGUGGGUAUUUUUUGUGUUUUUUUACAAGGAUUUCGUUUUUUAUUCCUUUCCAUCGACUGCUCUGUAAAUUGAGAAAAUUCAGCACCAUUUGAGUGCAGGACAAAUGACCACACCCUGCUUUUUGACAUUCAAUUGUGCCACAUUUAAUGCUACACAUAAGUGUACAGGUGAAAUUAUUUUCUGUUCACUUUUUGUUCUUUUAUGAAAACGUGCAGCUAAUAUAGUUGAGUGAGAUGGAGGAAGGGUGUGGUUUGUAGCUUCCGUCCAAGUGUAUAGCUGCAUAGUACACUUCAAAGAUGCAAGGCCCCAUAUGUAUCUCUCGGUAUGUGGGGCAACCAAUAGACCUUUCUGCCUUUGGCUUCAAUCCUUCACAUGCCCAGCCUGCAGCACAAACCAUUCUCUUGUUUGUUGCAUUAGUCAAUACACCUUGACGGAUCGUGCCCUUUGCUCGCUCUAACCAUCGGACAGUGGGUUCACACCUAACAAUGUGAACCACGGCGCAUAGGGCUCCGUCAUAUUGUCUGAGUUGACGAGAAAAGAUGAACCUAUACAACGACUGCAUAGCUGCAAGAAUCGUCAGAGCUCCAAAUUCCCCCUCAUGCCUCAAGACCUCGAAUGGACAUGAGCUCUCUCCCGUUUGCAUCCAUUGUGUCCAUUAGAUAUGCUGUACUGACAGCGCAGUGGUGUUACGUGGUUGGCAUGGGUCCUGGUCCAAUGUCUAAUUUGACCAGUCUCCAUCACUCGGUGCCUGGGUCUUUCUGGCCUAUAGGCCCUGGUGGUGCAGUUGUUCCGGCUGUACACUAAAUAGUCACUGACACGGCAAGAUUAUAAAUAUUUUUCUUUGGUGUGGCCCUUUUGAUACACGUUUCGGCAAGUGUAAUUUUUUCAAACCCAUACGUACCUUGUCUCGGCCGGCAUUACCAAGACCUGGCAAGAGAGUUGUGUACAGGUCUUCAUGAUUCAAGAAGACAGCUUCAAGAAUACGGCACGAAAUAAAUAACAUCGGUGGGUUUCGGCCUGGUUAAAUAAUGUACGCACACCACUCAAUCAUGCACACCGCAGAUGUGUAAACAGAGCGAGAGCUUUAUGUUCCAAUAGGUCUGGUAGAAGGUUUGGGGUUUAGUUAUGGCAUGGACUUUGUGUCGGGCAUGAAUAGCUCUUUAUUCGGACAUCUACGUGAGCUUUUGAGUCUUGGACAUUCAAAAAUAAGGGCCACAUUCAAACACAAUUGUAAUACACCAUAGAGCGGUUGUUACAAGUUAUUUAUUUUUCAGCAGUUUUUUUUAUUUCAAUGAUUGUUUUCGUUUUUCGAGAAAAAAAACAGUAUAUUAUAUCGCACUUUAAAAUAUCCUAUCACUGUUGAAGGUGUUUGAAAAAUCUGGCCAUAUACUAUAGUCGCGUUUUCUAUUAACUUGUAUCGAGUUUGUUCGCUACUGGGGACGUGGGUUAUGUUCUUUCUCCCUUUUUGCUGAUGUAUAUUGUAUAUUGCGAGUCGUGUAUAGAGCUGACGUGCGUUGUGAGAGCUUGUAGCUGUUUUCAUUUCACUCCUUAGUCAACGGUGUCGUUUGUUUGUACAGUAUUUAAUUGCUAUUACAACCAAACUUAAAUUAUACAAUGGAAUAAAAAUUAAAAAACCGA